AUGGACACCUCGGAAAUUCUCCGCACUAUCGCAACUCUAAACACGCGCACUGUUAGAGCUGAACGUAUCAUAGCAAGAUACGAGCAAGAGCUGUCGGCUGCGCGUCGGUCGCUAGCACAGACCAAUCAUGAGUUGGAGGAGAUUGCAAAACUUGCGGAGAUCCUUUACGAGACCAAUCGAAAACUCGGCACCGUUACAGACUAUCUCCUGGAACAGCAAACAACAAAACUGGGGGAUCAAGAGCCCAAAUCGUUCGACGCGGUGUUUAAUAUGGUGGUGAAGCAAGUUGAAGACAAGUCAAAAUCCGAUAGUGGAGAUGUGGGUUCCGGCACCCACGGCGCCUCCGACUACGCAUAA